CUGACUUGGAAACGAAAGAAGACGCUGAAUUUAAUCCAUAAUAACAGCAUAAAUGCAUCACAUUGCGCUUAUUAUGGAGGUUGUGUACAGUAUAAACAGCUCUGCUCCUGACAGCUCGAGUGUCACGCGCCCGAACGGUUAUUUGUCUUUAUGGACCAGAUUUCCGUUUUAAUCUGUCAACUGCGAAAUGACGCUGAAAGGCCUGAUGAUGGAGAAACCGGGUCGAGUCACAGCAGCCGAAAUGCCAGCGUGGAGAGAGGACCUGGCAGAGAAAGACAGUCGGAUACAUCAGACAGCGAGACGACAGACAUCAGGAGGAUCAACCAUCAGCCUGGCACCAGAGACGGCAGAUAUGACCCCAACAGAUUCCGGCUGCACUUUGAGAAAGAGAGCAAGGAGGAUGUGGAGAAGAGGAAGAAAGCAGCAAGGGAGAAAAUCCUUAAGCCGGUGGUAGAAAAGGAGCUUGAGAUGGAUAUAAAUCAGAUCUAUCCUGAGGAGAAAGGGCUUAAUUUCCCCCGGCGGCCCUCAUGGAAUUACAGCAUGCAGAGAGAAGAGUUACUACGGAAAGAGGAGAAGUCAUUUCUGGAGUAUCUGGAGGCUCUUCACUCCAAAAACCCCCCCGGGACCCUCAGCCACUUUGAGCACAAUCUGGAGACAUGGAGGCAGCUGUGGAGAGUAAUGGAGAUGUCUGAUGUCAUUCUGCUCAUAGUGGAUAUCAGACACCCAGUGCUGCAGUUUCCUCCUGCUCUGUAUCAUAACAUCACUGGGGAGCUGAAGAAGCACAUAAUCCUGGUGCUCAAUAAAGCUGACUUGUGCCCUGCCCCGCUGGUUUUGGCAUGGAAACACUAUCUGACGAAACAGUUUCCCCACCUGCACUGUGUCUGCUUCACCUCGCACCCGGGACAGCCCUACAGCACUCUUCUCCAGAAGAGGAGAAUGAGGAAGAAAGCCGGAUGGAAUCAUGCUGGAGGGCCGAUUCAUAUCAUGAGAGUGUGUCAGGAGAUCACAGCAGGAAGAGUGGAUCUGAGCAGCUGGGAGAAGAAGAUCCAGAGGGAUGCAGUUGCCGUGGGAACAGAAGGGGACCGGGCUGAUGAUGGAUCUGAGUCUGUAUUGAUGGAGCAUCAUAGUGACAUCGCUAUGGAGAUGAACAGCCCCACGCAAGAACUUUAUAAAGAUGGAGUGCUAACAUUGGGAUGCAUAGGUUUUCCUAACGUGGGCAAAUCCUCAGUGCUGAACAGUCUGGUUGGCAGGAAAGUUGUAAGCGUGUCUCGAACCCCAGGCCACACGAAAUAUUUCCAAACAUACUACCUCACUCCCACUGUCAAACUGUGUGAUUGUCCCGGGCUUGUCUUCCCUUCGCGGGUGGACAAGCAACUACAGGUCCUGGCUGGUAUAUAUCCAGUAUCUCAGCUGCAGGAGCCUUACAGUUCAGUCGGACACCUGUGCGAACGGACCAACUAUCUGUCUGUGUUGAAGCUGACACAUCCUGACCCCAAUCCCAAAACUCUACACGACCCUAGCACACAGGACUGGACGGCAUGGGACGUGUGUGAAGCCUGGGCUGAGAGAAGAGGGUAUAAGACGGCUAAAGCAGCCCGCAAUGAUGUCUAUCGAGCAGCCAACAGUCUUUUGCGUUUAGCCAUUGAUGGACGGCUGUGCUUAUGUCUGCGACCACCUGGAUAUAGUCAGAGUAAAGAUGCUUGGGAAUCACACCCAGACCUGGCCGAGAUCAUCGCCCUGCAGGGAAGAAAUGAAGGUGAGGAUGAGUACGGUGACAGAGAAGAAGAAGAUGGUGAGUCGAGCUCAGAGCUGGAGGAGGACAACGAUCGAGACGCGGACGAUGACGAGGAUGCUGACGGAGAUGAUGAAGACGAGACGGUGAAGGCCGACAGGAAGGGCCUCACUCUAAACAUGUUCAGUGUGCUUGGAGAGAACGAGUGUGAGUGACGGAUGAAAACACUCCACCUUCAUACAUUCCCGCUUUCUCUCUUUACGACCUUCUCAUUUCAAUCUGCAAUCUGUCAAUCCAACGACUGUAUAAAGUUUUGAAUCUAAACAACACACUUCUUGCUCCAAACAUGACAUAUUCCACUUAUUUUUGCUGAAGUAUAUAGUUGAUAUAGUGUUUUAUUUCAUCUUCUUGUUGCCUCUGUAUCUUCUCUGCAUCUUUUCAUUCUUUUUCCUUCAAAAAAAUGAUCUAAAUGCCUUUAUACCUCCUGCAUGAAGGCUUUUCCCCUUCUGAGAAGGCAGAGGAAAAGCCUACAAUCAGUGAUUGUACAAUCAGUCUUGCAAACCAAGCAUUGAUGAAUACAAUCGCUGAUUUCAAAUCAGUCUCAACAGCCAUGAUCCCAAAGGUCAGGUGAGGUCAAACGCCACCGAUUUGACUUCGAACUGUGAGUUACCCCCAUGAAUGUACUGUAUUUUACCUAAUAAACCUUCAUGUGCAAGGCAAAACCAGCCAUGUAUGAAGACGAGAGACUUAAAAAGAAGUUACAGACACUCAAAGCACUUUUUAAAGCAAGAGGCAGCAACCAACAGUCUUUAACUGUUCAAUACUUUAUUUUCUGAGAACAUAAAUACAGAUGUUAAGUGAGGGGGAAGUUUAGGGUUGCGUUGGGAGCGAAAAGUUGUCGCAAAAUGUUCUAGACUAUGCAAAGUUUAAAGGGAUAGUUGACCCCAGAAUGAAAUUCUGUCAAUAAUUACUCAGCCCCAUGCCAUUCCAAUUCCCAGAGAGCUUCGUUUAUUUUGGCAACACAAAUUAAGAUCUUAGCUUUCUCAUCCUCCAUAGACGGCAAGGAUAUCAACGUCAACAAAAUAGACUAUACAUUUUCAGUGGUUCAAUAUUAUGAAGCUACACAAAUACUCCUGUGCACACAUAAAACAAAAAUAAUGACUUUUAUCAAUAGUUUGUUCUCCUCAGUGUCAGUAUAGGGGGCAUUUUCACUAGUGCAGUGCAUUGAUGUGUACCCCUGAUGUUUACGCAACUUCCUUUGUUUGAAACAAAGCACAUGCUCAUCCGAGGUAUACAUCAGCAGAGCAACCGGGUGUGACAUGUGCCCUAUACUGACACUAAGCAGAGGAAACUGUUAAGUCGUUAUUUUUCACAAGUGUUCACAAAGUGUUCCUGUAACUUUAUAAUAUUCUGUUAGACCUUCAGAAGGGAUGUGGUCUGUUUUGAGGAUGUUUAUUUUUUGGUUAUUUUCUGGACUUUAAAGAUGUCGAGACCCUUGAUUUCUAUAGGUGUUAAGGUGGCUUUCAUGUUUCAUCUGAAAUAUCUUCAUUUGUUUUCCAAAGAUGAAUAUUGGGGAAUUGGAAUGUCAUGAGCAUGAAUAAUUAAUAACAAUUUCAUUUUUGGGUGAACUGACCCUUUAAAGAGGUAUCAGGGAAAAAACCUGAUACAAGCAUUCCAGUUGUUAAAAAGCAAGAUUGUAUUACACACAUUGUACACGCACACUAACACAAGCCAUUCUGAGAUUUUGGGAUGUUCUUUUUGGACUGAAGAGUGCGUUUGCUAGAGAGUGGGUUGGUUUUGAAGAGUUUGGUUUGCACUUUGCCUGUAGGACUCAGGUAAUGGUGAUGAUUUGGUGUGCUGGUUUCCUGUUCUUCAGCUUUCAGUCCUGCAUGCCCUUGCUUUGGGUUUUUGUUUGUGUGGGUGUGACUGUGUGCGGAUCAUUCUUUCUUUGUUGGGAUGUUAUUAUAUUGACAGAAACAGCCCUCGGCAAUAAAAAAAGACAACAACUAAAA